AUGGCACGAACCAGAGGCACUAAGUCUUCCUCUCCCUCCGCCCGAAAGCCAACGCCGCGCGAGGCGCCUGUGCAAGCUUCAGCCUCUGAGCCUCCAUGGCCGGAAGUCAUUCCGCCUCCUGUAAAGCCCACGCCAAAGAAGCGCCAGGCCAAGCCGACACUACAAACGCCUCCGGCGAGGCGCUACCUUACCAGGUCAGGGGGCUGUCCUCUACAAAAGCGAGCUAGAGUGGAAAGCUCGGAACCCAUCGACUUGACAGGGCAAUCCCCUGUUCAAUCCCCUGUUCCAUCUCCUGUUCCAUCUCCGGUGCCAUCUCCGGCACCGCCGGCGAAGCCUCAAGCAAGCCAGCCGCCGCCUUCUGAGCCCCAAAUUCCGGCUGAACCAACUCCUGAAGUGAUUCUCACUCAACCACCAAUUGAAGGCAAUUUGGACUGCCGAGCUAGGCCAUUCCAUUCUGAGCUGUGUUUUGACACAGCUGCCUUCUAG